GCGCAUGCCCCGCGAGCCGCUAUAUAUAUCUGGCGGAGAGGAUGCGGAGGCUGUGUCAGUUCAGUGAGCAACUCCACGUAACCACACCUCAGCUGUAGCUUCUGUAUCCUGCCCAACCAGCAAAUAUGUGCGACGAUGAUGAUGUAGCAGCUCUUGUCGUGGACAAUGGCUCCGGAAUGUGCAAGGCCGGUUUCGCCGGUGACGACGCCCCACGUGCCGUCUUCCCCUCCAUCGUCGGAAGACCACGUCACCAGGGUGUCAUGGUUGGCAUGGGACAGAAGGACAGCUAUGUAGGAGAUGAGGCUCAGAGCAAGAGAGGUAUCCUCUCUCUGAAGUACCCCAUCGAGCACGGAAUCGUCACCAACUGGGACGAUAUGGAGAAGAUCUGGCACCACACCUUCUACAACGAACUGCGUGUUGCCCCAGAGGAGCACCCAGUCCUGUUGACUGAGGCCCCACUGAACCCCAAGGCUAACAGGGAAAAGAUGACUCAGAUCAUGUUUGAGACCUUCAACACCCCAGCCAUGUACGUCGCCAUCCAGGCUGUCCUGUCUCUGUACGCUUCCGGCCGUACCACCGGUAUCGUGCUGGACUCUGGUGAUGGUGUCAGCCACACCGUCCCCAUCUACGAGGGUUACGCUCUGCCCCAUGCCAUCAUCCGUUUGGACUUGGCUGGCCGCGAUCUGACCGACUACCUGAUCAAGAUCCUGACCGAGCGUGGCUACAGCUUCGUCACCACCGCCGAGAGAGAAAUCGUGCGUGACGUGAAGGAGAAGCUGUGCUACGUCGCCCUGGACUUCGAGCAGGAGAUGGCCACCGCUGCUGCCUCCUCCUCCCUGGAGAAGAGCUACGAGCUUCCCGACGGACAGGUCAUCACCAUCGGCAACGAGAGGUUCCGUUGCCCAGAGGCCCUCUUCCAGCCAUCCUUCUUGGGAAUGGAAUCCACUGGUAUCCACGAGGCUGCCUACAACUCCAUCAUGAAGUGCGACAUUGAUAUCCGUAAGGAUCUGUACGCCAACACUGUUCUGUCCGGUGGCACCACCAUGUACCCAGGUAUUGCCGACAGAAUGCAGAAGGAGAUCACUGCCCUUGCCCCAAGCACCAUGAAGAUUAAGAUCAUUGCCCCACCAGAGAGGAAGUACUCCGUAUGGAUCGGUGGCUCCAUCCUGGCUUCCCUGUCCACCUUCCAGCAGAUGUGGAUCAGCAAGCAGGAUCACGCACGCACGCACAUUGACGUCAAGACGGGGAAGACGGUGACGUACAGCGUGCUGCGGAAGGUCGUGCGAUGUACGGCUGCGGGACUGGCGCGCCUGGGCUUCCAAGCCGGAGACCUCAUGCUCGUGCUCAGCCACAACUCGACCGACUACGUGUGCACGUUCCUCGCAACGUGGGCGCUAGGGGGCGUCAUGUCGUCCGCGACGCUGGGAUCCAGUGUGGAGGACGUGAAGCGCAGGAUUGAGGUUCUCCUACAUUGCGGAAAGCUGAAGUUCAUGGCUGCUGACGCGGCUUCGCUUGACGUCAGUCGGCAAGUCGCCGAGAUAUUCGAUCUGGUACGAUCCGAUUCAUAG